UCCAGUGAAGUUCCUGGUUGUGGUUUAUGAACUGCCAGUUCACGGAAACGGUUGAACACCUGUUCUCUCUAUUCCAACACACUCAUUAUGGACAGUCUAUUACUGAGGGUGUGUUCGGUGUCUUUUCUAUUUUCUGCAGUGGCGACAGUGACCUUGAAAAAAAAUCAAGACGUGGAGUUCACGUUUGUUUUACCCGCGGGAGCAACAGAGUGUUUCUAUCAGACCGUCGCGCGUCAGGGUAGCUUGGAAGUGGAAUAUCAGGUUAUAGCCGGCUCAUCGUUGGAUGUGGGCUUUGCUCUCAUCUCCCCCAGUGGCUACAGGCUGGUCUCAGAGUUCCGCAGGUCUGAUGGCAUCCACAGUGUGGAUCCUACUGAGGCGGGAGACUACAGGGUGUGUUUUGACAACAGCUUCAGCGCCUUCUCAGAGAAGAUGGUGUUCGCCAGGCUGAUCAUGAACGACCCGCCACAGACGUCCCUUGGAGAGGACGACACCUGGGAGAGCACACCUGAACCUGACAGCUUACUGGAGUACAAGCUGGGAGACAUAAGGGAAAAGAUCGAGGUUGUACGGCAGCAUCUGGAGCAGAGUCGUCACGCCCAGGCGGCACUGCAGGCUUUCGAGGCGCGCGACCGCUACCUGUUAGACGACAACCUGUGGCGCGUCUCCUUCUGGUCGCUCAGCAACCUGCUGGUCAUGCUGGGCGUGACCUUCACGCAGGUCUACACGCUACGCCGCCUCUUCGAUGACAAGCGGAGACGCACUUGAAAAGUCCCGUUCUGGAACACUUCUUUCACUACUAAAGAUUCCAAGACCUCUCUACCCUGAAGAUUCCAAGACCUCACUAGUACCCUCAUUGCCAAAGAUUCCAAAACCUCACUACCCAAACAACCGGAGAUUCCAAAAUCUCUGAAAAUUCCAAAUCCUCACUACAGAACAUUCUAAAAACCUCAGUACCCUACCCUUACUUCUGAAGAUUCCAGAACCUCACUAGCGGUCUGUGAGGAUUUUAAUGCAUCCAGGCCAAAAGACUUGAUGUAGUUGUAGCCAAGUGGACUACAACAAUGCCAAAAACUAUGCUGUUUUGACCAUCUCGACUACCAUUUAAGAAAUAUUGUCAAGGAGAGGAGGGAUUAGUAACCAGCAGGAAUACAAAAAGGCAGCUAGCUCAAAGAAGCUACAAUAAACAUUUAAGAUGAUUUUAUAUAUUUAUUAUUAUUAUUAUUGUUGUUGUUAAUAUGGACUGAGGCAGAAGCAUUGUUGUGUAAAUGAAAGUAUGACUAGAGGAUGAGCUGCCAGAGCUCAGGUAAGAGGGGUCAAGCACGCAAAGACUUAUAUUGUAAUGUGAAAAGGUUCAUCCGAAAUGUAAGGUAUUUGUUCAGUUUAACCCUUGGGCGUGUGCACUGGAAAUUUGAACAACAAAAGUAAUUAAAAUCGUUUGCUAGUUGUUUAUGACAUUGACAUAAUGUUUAUGACACAUUCAUGACAUGCAUUAUGACAGUUAUGACACCAUUAUGUCAUACGUAUGACGCCGCCGUCAAGUAAAAUGUUACCGAAAGUU